UUUACGCGCCUCGCGGGCGGGCGGGCACUGCGGUGACUCAUGGCGGGGCUCGCCAGCGGCCCCGGGCUCUUUAUAACGGCUCGGCUCGGAGGAUGCUCCCGGGAGCCGCCCAGGCAGCAGGGAUCUCAUCUCCGCCUCUCGCCUUCUCCGUCGGCGCUUCUAGUUGCCUCGUCUCCCAGCCCCUCCUUCCCCGGGCCCCUCGGUUCUCUCGCGCUCCGGAUUCGCCCCAACGGUCCCGAGUGUGCUGGGGCUCCCGUCGGCGCGCCCCUUCCCGGCCCGUCUGGGUGCCCGUCCCGCCCGCUCGCCGCAGCUACAGGGGGCCCCUGCCACCUCGUGCACCCGACGUUCUCCUGCGUGGCCCCGGCCAGCGCCCCGUGCCAGCCUGCCCGCCAGCCCGCACGCCCUCCGCUUUCUCCGCCCGUUCCACCUCUGCUUGGGUCGGCUCGGCUCUCUGCCCGUUCCCCAGAGGGCGCCAUGAGGACCGCGCCCCGCGCCCCGUCCCCUCCGCUGCUACUACUCCUGCUGCUCGGACUCCUGCUGCUCCUGCCGCCCUCAGGCAACACCGCCGUCAUCACUGGGGCUUGUGACAAGGACCCCCAAUGUGGGGGUGGUAUGUGCUGUGCUGUCAGUAUUUGGAUCAGGAGCCUCCGAAUGUGUACACCGAUGGGCAACUUGGGAGACAGCUGUCAUCCAUUGACUCGGAAAGUUCCAUUUUUUGGGAAGAGACUGCAUCACACCUGUCCUUGCCUGCCUGGGUUGGCCUGUGUACGGACUACAUUUAACCGAUUUCGAUGUUUACCCAGGAAAUGAUGAUCACUUUUGAAAUGGAAUCAGUUAAAUGUGAAUAGCAACUUAAUGUAUUUAAAUUUUUUUCUUGUGAUUAUAAUGAACAAGUUAUAUGCCAGAAAAAAUCCUAUUUCUUUUCCUCUUUACAAGCAUCAAAAAAUAAAUAUAUGUAGGUCUAAGUUAUAUUUAAAAAUUGAUUAAAAAUGAUGAGGUUUUUUUUUAAGUAUCAUUUUUAAUAGAAAUGUUCAUUUCAUUUUAGAAAACUAUUGCCAGAGUUUCACCUCAAAGAAGAUAAAGAAAUUGUUAAUCUGCUGUAACCCAGUAAUGUGCCUGCUGGUCAGGGAGAAAUUCUAGUGUAGUUGUAUCAGCUUCUGGGAAUUAAAGACCAGAUGGAGAAGUUCUAAAAGUUCUUUCUCUUCUAGACAGUGAUUCCCAGAAAUCUAUUCAGGUAUCCCAGAAAUGGCUCCAAUUCAGAGCUAAAUUAAUAUUUGGUUACUAUUAAAUGGUUAGAUUAAAUCUUUUUUUUUUUUUAGAUUUUCCUGUUUUCUUCAUCAUAAUUCCCUCAGUAGAUACAUAUCUCAGUCCCCAAGGUAUAUGAAAAUCCCAGCUUAACUAUGAUUGAUCUUACACCUUAUUCUUCUCCCUGCUCCCAUAUCACUCUACUCAUAUUAUAAGCUGGCUUUUACCAAAUGUCCUGAUAGAAGUCCACCUUUAGUAGAAAGUCUUAUCAAUGCUUGGUCUGUUAGAUACUUAGUGAAACCACUGGCAAAAGCCAACAAUCAAUAAUUCUAACUCCACAGCUUUACAUAAGGUAGUAAAGGUCUCAGAGGCACAGAAGUAAAGAAAAAAAAAAUUUACCUGCAAUCAAGCUAACCAUAUGUAAUGAAGAUGUAUUGCCACUAUCUGUCUGAACCAGCAGCAGCAAGUUCUGUUAUUAGAGAGGUGUAAGAGCAGACAGAAUAGUGAGCCAAAUUAAUUUUUCUUACUUUUUUUGAUUGUUCCUUAAAGCAUUUUCCCUUCAUAAUAGAAUUUCAUUUUAUGAAUAAGACAUUUAAAUAUACUAUAGAACAUGCCAUCAAAGAGGAGGAAUUUAGUUUAAUCUGGCAUAAAACUAGUUAUACUUUGAAAUAAUAUGUAUUAAAAUGUCACUUGUAUUUUAUUUGAAAUUUAAAGGUUUAUUGUAAUAGGUUGCUCAAUAUCUUGUAAUUUGUACCUGUAUCAAUAUCGCUGUGUAAAAAUUCUGUAUCAGAAUAAUAACAGUACUGUAUAUCAUUUGAUUUUAAUAUUACAUCCUUAUUUUUGUCACAAUGGUCUCAGUUUUUAUUCCAAAAAGUUAUAAUAAUUUCUAAAUAGGUCACACUCUAACUCAAACAAGGACUAAUAAGCUGGUAAAAAAUAGAGCUAUUUAGUAUACAUACAGUUUGAACAUAUGCCAAAUGAAAUUUUACUAGUAUAUAUUUCAGAACAUUCAAAAAAACAAGCCCAAUAUGCAAGUAAAUGUGACAAUGGAACUUAGGGGGAAAUCAUAACAUGCAUAAAAGGUUGUAAUUAGGAAUGAAUUAAUAGAAUUUCACUGGGUAGUAAGUACAAUUGAUUAUAUAUAGAUGCACAUAAACAGCAUUUUUAAAGAUAUCAAGUCUAUAUAAAUUCAGUAAGAUUGGAGAAAAAGCAAAAUGCCUGUAUUGUAUGUGAAUGCAUGUUGUCUCAAAUGAACAAACUAUAAAAUUUAUUUAAAUUAGUAAAAUUGACUGAAGUUUAACUACCAUGAAGUAAAAAACUGUUCAUGAUUUUGAGAGCUUUUUUCAUUGUAUAUUUAAUCAGGGCCUGCAAUUCUAAAUCAUAUACAUUUUAUCUAUCUAUUUACCGAACAAGAAUUAAAAGCAUUCAUGUUUACUAUAUGCCAAGCAAUGUGUCACAGCAUUGGAGAUGCAAAAAAAUAGACAGUUCCUGCCUUUAGGAAGUAUGCAUUCUAAUGGGGGAAUUAACCGAAAUUGGGAAGUAGAGCCCAGGGCAGUAUAUUGCAUCUUCUCAGGGACAGGCAUUAAUAAUGGAGAGAAUUUUUAAAGUAUCUUUUUUAAAGUAUCAAUGGUAUUAAUUGAUUUCAUUAUGGUACCAGAAAUACUAGGACCAGGGAAGAACUGGUUUGUACUUAUGGGAUUAGUGAAAACAUGGCUGUAGACCAAGCAAAGUAUACCUGAGGAAAGGAGUUUAGUUGAAAUUGCUUUCAAUUUUUUUUAAACUUUGAAACACUAGACAUGGUUUUCUUUUGGAAUUAGCUGUCUUUCUGAAGCAAACCAGGUGAGACACUCAGAAAUCUGCAGUGCAAAAGAUCAAGUCUUUCAGGAACUAUAGUUCAGUCUAAGGGAAAGAUGGCGAGUGGGACAAUGUUUAUAGAGUCAUACAUAGAAAAAAUCAUUCAGAAAUAUACUCUUAUUUGCUAUCCUAAGGAAUGAAUUUUCUUGAGUAAUAUAGACUGCUUAAAAUAUUAGAUUCAGAUUAUAUUUGAGGGACACUGAGUUCACUCAAGGAUGAACAGAUGGCACUAUGUGUAUAUCAAGCAAAGGUUAAAGUAAAUCUAGUAAUUUAAAGAUUUUCCAAGUCACUAGCCUGGGCUUAUAAAAUUCUUUAUAAAACUUUUUUUUUAUAUUAGCAAGAACAUAGUGAAUGAAAAAAUUUUUCCUUGUUUAGAUUAUAUAACGAACCCUUAGAGAACUUUCCUAUAUCAUGCCCAACCCAACCACUAAAAGUUUUUGUAAACUUGUAAAAUAGCCUACAAUUUUACAUAGUUUUAUGUGUACACAGCAAAAAUGUUUGCACCGUAGUGCAAUAGAUUCAGGACUGUCUUCAUAGUCAUGCAAGUCAAAAGCAGAUGGUAGGCAGCAGGGGGAGUUUUAGGUGUUUUACUUAAUUUCUGCAUAAUAAUGU